AUGAGGAACGCUCCUGGGUCGCCAGACGGUGUCAUGUUAGACCCAGCGCUCCUGGAGGAGUUUCACGCCAACCACCCUAACCGCCCCACACCCCGGGGCCACAGGUGUCCCAGGCGCCGAGUUAGGGGCAUCGAGAGCGACCCCUCGAGGAGGGGGUUUCACACUGCAUCAGUGGCUGUACAUGAUGCAAUACAGAAGAGUAAUUUGAUAUCCUCCACUACUGAAGGUCCUCCUGCACGAUAUCGUCUCAUCACUACCAGGAGUAAUAUUGAUGAAAACGGAUCAGUAAGAAAAUGGACAUUCGGACAGCAAGAUGUCAACAUGCAUAACAAAAUAAUACUGAUAGUAGGAGAAACUGGAACAGGCAAAACUACUCUGAUCAAUGCCAUGGCCAAUUAUAUACUUGGGGUGAAGUUUAAAGAUGAAGUGUGGUUUGAGAUUACUGAAGAGGGAGAACAUAAUGAUGUGCCAGAUCAGUCAAAAAGUCAAACAAGUAAAAUCACAGUGUAUGAAGUCUUUGGUCAGGACAACCCAAUCUGUCUCACCAUCAUUGACACUCCAGGUUACGGAGACACCAGAGGAACAAAUCUAGAUAAAAAGAUUGCUGAGAAUCUGUACAAACUGUUUCGCAGUAAUUCUGGAGUGAAAGAAAUUGAUGCAGUGUGUCUGGUAUUGAAGGCAUCUGAGAAUCGACUCUCAAACAGACAGCAAUACAUCUUUGAUGCAGUUUUGUCUUUGUUUGGUAAAGACAUUGAGAACAAUAUUGUCAUUUUUGUCACUUAUUCAGAUGGAAUGCCUCCAACAGAUGUGAAAAAUGCCAUUAAGCGAGCAGAGAUUCCCUGCAGGAAAGAUGAAGAAGAUGAACCUGAGUGUUUCUUAUUUAACAAUCGACAAACUGAGAAAAGGAGCGAAAAGUAUAACAGACCUCUUCAGUCAGCUUGGGAACAAACAGAAGACAGUUUAAAUCAUUUCUUUGACUCACUGAAAAAUGAUAACAGAAAAAGUUUGGAGCAAACUAGUGGUGUUCUGUCUGAGUCCAAACAACUUGAAGCCUGUAUUAAUAAUCUACAAUUCAGAAUUAAGUUUGUGGAAAGCAAAAGUAAAGACCUGGUUCAGAUUCAGAAAGCUCUUCAGGAAAACAGAGAAAAGAUUGAGAAAGACAAAAAUUUUCCUUUUACAGUAACCAAGACUUAUAAAGUAAAAGUUCCCAUUGGAAAUGUUUUAUGGCAGAACAGCAUGGCCACCACAUGCUCUGUCUGUGAGGAGAACUGUCAUGAGUAUGACUGCUGGGCAGCCUUGAAUGCUUGGUGGUGUUACGUCAUGAAACAUGAUCAUUGUACUGUAUGUACAGGUAAAUGUCACUACACUAAGCAUGUCAGAGAGAACAAGAAAUAUGUGACACGCAGCAGGCAGACCAUAAUGACAUAUGCUGAUCUCAAAAAACAAUAUGAAACCAACAGUAAUUCAGCAUCAGGUGUCACAUAUGAUUCUGCAUCCUUAAAAAAUGUUGAAAAUGAACUUGAGAGCAAGAAGAAACAAGAAGAGGAGAUGAAAAGCAUAGAGAAUAGACUGAAAGAAGAUGUGAGCAACACUGAAAAGGAAAAAUCUGAGCUGGUGGAAGAAGCCUGCACCGCCAUCAUGAAACUGUGUGAGAUUGCUUUAAAGCCAGAUUCUGCUUUCAUUAUCCAGGCUCUUGACUUCUUGAUCCCUCGAGCUCAGGAAACUGGAAAACCUGAUCUUGCUCAGAAACUAGAAGAGAUGAGAAAUAUUCGACCGGAAUCAGAGGAAAGAGUUCAUGCUGCAGUGGGUAUGCAGGAGCAGGAGUAAAUUAAAUAAAAAGAUAAAUAUUUUAUUACAGGUAAUAAACAAACUCAUGAGAGAGAAUGACCAUGUAAUAUCGAAUAAAGAAGGGAAUUAAUAUCAGAAUUAAAAGUGUAUUUUUGUCAAUAAAUAAAAUGCACUGUGUUUAUUCAUUAAUACUGUUAAUCAAUAUUUAAUCAUUACAUUUCAGUUAUCAGAAAAAAUCCUCUUUACUCCUCUUCUGAGCUUUACCUGAUUAUGAAUUGCAGUGGAAUCUUUACCUACAUGUAGAAUAAUAAAUGUGAUAUUGUAAACGAGUAGAUUUGAACUUGAUGUAGUUUAUUAUCUUACAGUGUUAAUUCUACUCUUGAUUGUGAUCUGUGUAACUGUUUUUCUGAUUUUCUCAUUAAAUAUCUGCUUACUGAA